CUCAGUGACAAAAUAGUAUAUAUAUACUUAGCAUAGAAUAAAAACAAAUGUUGUGAAUAAAAGUGUACUUAAAGUGAAUCAAAGUGAUACAAAAUGAGGACCGGAAGUGACGAAAAAGAUCCUGAGAAGGAGAAACUAAACCCGAAUAGAUGGUUGCAGCCCAGGCCGAGUCAACAGUUUAACGUUAUCCGUCGAGUAUACCAGCAGGAUGCCCUCAACAAGGAUGCUGACUACCAGGUCCCAGAGAAACCACUGGCAUAUCGAUGUAAAAGAGUUGUGCAGAACUGUGGUUUCGGCGAAUGUCUGCUCAACUCUGUACCGAUUACGAAAUGGUUGCCGCGGUAUGACAUGAAGAAAGACUUGGUCGGUGACCUGGUAGCCGGAGCCACUACCGCUGUCAUGCACAUACCCCAAGGUAUGGCGUACGCGAUGUUAGCUGAAGUACCUCCAAUAGUCGGUCUGUACAUGGCGUUUUUCCCUGUACUCGUUUAUGUGAUAUUUGGCACGUCUCCCCAUGUUUCAAUGGGAACAUUUGCAGUCGCCUGCCUCAUGGCGGGGAAGGUGGUCACACAACAUGCCUCCCAUCCGGAUCUGACGCACGCUCUUAACGUCACAUCUCCUGAAGGGCCACCUCUGAUGAUAGGAACAUAUUCACCAUUAGAAAUACUCAGUAUACUGUCCCUAACCAUAGGCUUGAUGCAAGUUAUAAUGUGGAUGCUAAGAUUGGGCGCGGUUUCCACCCUCCUAUCCGAGCCCCUGGUCUCAGGGUUCACCACGGCCGCCUCCUUCCAUGUCCUCAGCUCCCAACUUAAAGACCUUCUGGGGGUCAGACUACCGAAACUGGGGUCCAACUAUAAAGUCGUUCUCACGGUUAUAGAAAUAGGCAAGAACAUACCGAACGCUAACUGGAUCGCCUUCGGUAUAUCAGCGGCUAGUUGCACCAUCAUUUUCUUGAAUAACGAAGUUCUCAAGCCAUGGGUAAGUAAGAGAAGUCGCGUACCGGUUCCGAUUGAGUUACUGGCCAUCGUCAUCGGAACCCUCGCCUCGAAGUACGGCAAUCUUAAGGAGAACUUCGGAAUUUCACUAGUCGGAACCAUUCCUACUGGGCUUCCCGAGCCGAAGAUUCCCCCCAUGGAAAUGAUGCCCACGAUCGCCAUCGACGCGUUCACCAUCACCAUCGUGACGUACACCAUAUCCAUGUCCAUGGCGCUGAUCUUCGCCAACAAGGAGAAGUACGAGGUCGACGCCAACCAGGAACUUCUUGCGCUGGGUGCCAGUAAUGUCUUCGGCUCGUUUUUCUGUUGCGCUCCGCUCUGCGCCAGUCUCUCGAGAUCUUACAUCCAAUAUCAGGCCGGCAGCAAGACUGGUGUGACGUCGUUGGUGAGCGCGUCCUUGAUAUUGUGCGUGCUGCUGUGGGUGGGUCCGUUCUUCGAGCUGCUGCCGCGCUGCGUGCUGGCCUCCAUCAUCGCCGUCUCCCUCAAGGGGAUGUUCAUGCAGGUCAAGGAACUUGCCAAGUUCUGGAAGUUGAGCAAGCUGGAUGCUGUGGUUUGGCUGGUGACGUUCUUGACCACCGUGCUGAUUAAUAUCGACAUUGGCCUGGCAGCUGGUCUAGUGGCGAGUGUCGGGACACUCUUCUGUCGCUCUCAGAAGCCCUACACGUGUCUGCUUGGUCGCGUCCUUGACACCGACCUGUAUCUAGACAUCAAGAGGUACCGAGCUGCUGAAGAAAUUCCCGGCAUCAAAAUAUUCCACUACUGCGGCGGUCUCAACUUCGCCAGUAAGAACUUAUUCCGGUCGACUCUGUUCCGUAAGAUCGGUUACUUGAAGCAGCAGGGCGAUGAUGACAGCAGUAUAUCAAAAAGCGAAUCUUUCGAAUGGGACUCGAAUAUUAGCAAUAAGGUACAAUGCGUAAUAAUAGACGCAACAGCGUUGUCGUACGUGGACGCUCCCGGUAUCAAGAGUCUAGUGGCCGCACAGAGGGAACUAGUGGCCAACGACAUCACCGUCCUACUUGCAGGGGCUAAUGGUCCGGUACUAGAAAUGAUAGAACGCUACAACUCCCUAGAAUCAGAACAACUACAAUUAGACACAUUUCCAACUGUUCACGACGCGGUGGUGUACUACAAAAUGUUGGAAGCAAAGAAAGAUACAUCUAUCACUAUUCAAAAGUGAAGAUUAGAAAGAGAUGAAAGUAUAUCAUAAUGGACUACAUCGGCUGUAUAAUGUUAUAUAGCGAUCGAAGAAUCCUUUUAGUGAGCUGUAGUGAAUUCUUAGACAUAGCCAUAGUGGAUUGUGAGCCAAAAUGUAUGAUAGUGAAUUCUGAGCCAUAAUAAACUGUGGUGAACCGUACUUAUUGCGUAGGAAAAACAAAGUCGACAAAAUCGAAAUAAAAUUAUUCGAUAAAUAAUAUUAAAUUAAUUAUCCGAAAAGCUAAACGAAAUAAAAUAUUUUUUUUUGCGUGUCAGAUUGUAUUAAAGCGGAUCAAAUGACUAAUCGAAUUCUUGAAAUCUGUUCUAUACAUUUUGUUUUGUAUUUCAAAGAAGAAAUAUUGAUUAAAAAAUAUAUUUUAUAACUUGACCUAA